AUGCACAUGGUGGAAGCAAUGGAUGAGGGAAAACAUAAAUCCAGGAAAGAAAACCAUGAGGUGAAAGAUGGGGAUUCUAAGAGGAGUCACCGUGACCGUGAUAGAAUUGGAGAAAGGGGCAAGGAUAAAAAUGAUGGGAGGCACAGGGAUAGGGAGAAGAGGGAUCGGGAGUCCCGGAGACAUGAAAGAGAGAGGAGUACUGACUCUGAAGACAAGUAUGAUAGAGAUAGGGAUAAGCGCAGAGAUAAAGAUAAGGAUGUGGACAGAGAAAGAGGUCGAGAGAAGAAAAGGGAAAGGGACAGGGAUAGGGAAGACAGGGAGAGGACAGACAGAGUAAGGGAAAAAGAAAAAGAGAGGGAAAGAAAAGAGGAUAAGGAGAGGAUUAGAGAAAGGGAAAGGAGGGAUCAUGAGAGAGAGAAGGAAAGAGAAAGAGAAAGGGGGAGGAGAGCACGAGAGAGGGAGAAACGGAGGGAAGUUGAUAGUGAUUACAGUGAUGGUGAAUCUAGGGAGAGGGAUAGAAAGCGGCAUAGGAAAGAGGAUGGUGAUUACAAGAAGAGAGAGAGGGAAAGGAGUGUCAGCAAGCCAAGCAGGCAAUCUGAGGAACAUGAAGGAAGCCCAAGAAAAAAGAGUGUCGGAGAUGAUUCAGAUACCAAAGAUGGUGAGAGAAAACCUACCCGCGAAGAGGAGAUGGAAAAUGAACAAAAGAGGUUGGAUGAGGAAAUGGAAAAACGGAGGAGGAGAGUUCAAGAGUGGCAAGAACUAAGGAGGAAGAAAGAAGAAGCAGAAAGAGAAAAGCAUGGUGAAGUAAGUGCUAAUGAACCUGAGUCUGGAAAGACCUGGACGCUAGAAGGGGAAUCUGAUGAUGAAGAAGGACCAGGUACUGGGAAGCAUGAUACUGGUAUGGAUGUAGAUGCAGAUGAAAAACCUGCUGAUGUGGAACCCAAGGAUGCGAUGGUGGUAGACACUGAUAAUGAGACAAUUGCAUCUGAUUUACAGGAUGGAACUGCUGGUACGCCUGAAGAUGAGGAAAUAGAUCCAUUGGAUGCUUUCAUGAAUUCUAUGGUUCUACCUGAAGUUGAAAAGCUGAACAAUGCUGUGACAUCCGUAAUUUCUGAUAAAGCCAUUGACAUAAAAGCGAAAGAUAAAGGGUAUGAGCAAAGUCGUGGUGCACAGUCAAGGAAAGCUUCAACUAUUGGCAGAAUAAUUCCUGGUGAAGAGACUGACUCAGAUUAUGCAGAUGAUGAAGUUGAGAGGGAUCCACUGGAUGAAGAUGAUGAUGAGUUCAUGAAAAGAGUGAAGAAAACAAAAGCCGAGAAGCUUUCUUUAGUUGAUCACUCAAAGAUCGACUAUGAACCAUUCAAGAAAACUUUUUAUAUUGAAGUGAAAGAGAUCUCAAAGAUGACUCCCGAAGAAGCAGCAGUAUACAGGAAGCAGUUGGAAUUGAAAAUACAUGGAAAGGAUGUGCCAAAGCCUAUUAAAUCAUGGCACCAGACUGGACUUGCUAGCAAAAUUUUGGAGUCAAUAAAGAAGAUGAACUUUGAAAAGCCGAUGCCUAUUCAAGCUCAGGCACUCCCUGUAAUCAUGAGUGGCCGAGAUUGUAUAGGGAUUGCUAAAACUGGGUCGGGCAAAACACUUGCCUUUGUUCUGCCAAUGCUGAGGCAUAUCAAGGAUCAGCCACCAGUUGUUGCCGGAGAUGGACCAAUUGGACUUAUUAUGGCCCCUACAAGGGAACUUGUUCAACAGAUUCACAGUGAUAUAAAAAAAUUUGCUAAGGUACUCGGUCUCAGGUGUGUGCCUGUGUAUGGAGGCUCUGGUGUUGCUCAACAAAUUAGUGAGUUGAAACGUGGUACUGAGAUUGUGGUUUGUACUCCAGGUAGGAUGAUUGACAUACUAUGCACUAGUAGUGGAAAAAUAACUAACUUGCGGAGAGUCACCUAUCUGGUCAUGGAUGAAGCUGAUAGAAUGUUUGACAUGGGCUUUGAACCUCAAAUUACACGAAUUGUUCAGAAUAUUCGGCCAGAUCGGCAAACAGUUCUUUUCUCUGCAACCUUCCCCCGUCAGGUUGAAAUUCUGGCCCGAAAGGUUUUGAAUAAACCUGUUGAAAUACAAGUUGGCGGGAGGAGUGUUGUGAACAAAGACAUAUUACAGCUAGUUGAAGUGAGGCCUGAUAAUGAAAGGUUCCUUAGACUUUUAGAAAUAUUAGGGGAAUGGUACGAGAAAGGAAAGAUUCUGAUAUUUGUUCACUCCCAGGAGAAAUGUGAUAGUUUGUUCAAGGAUCUGCUCAGGCAUGGUUAUCCAUGCCUUUCUCUUCAUGGCGCUAAGGACCAGACAGACAGGGAAUCCACAAUAUCUGAUUUUAAAAGCAAUGUCUGCAAUUUGUUGGUUGCAACAAGUAUUGCUGCCAGAGGAUUGGAUGUUAAGGAACUAGAAUUGGUGAUCAAUUUUGAUGUUCCUAACCACUAUGAAGAUUAUGUACACCGUGUUGGGCGCACUGGACGAGCUGGCCGAAAGGGUUGUGCCAUUACAUUUAUAUCUGAGGAAGAGGCAAGAUAUGCACCUGAUCUGCUGAAAGCCUUGGAACUAUCUGAGCAGACUGUUCCCGAUGAUCUGAAAACUCUUGCUGAUAGCUUUAUGGCAAAAGUGAAUCAAGGACUGGAGCAAGCCCAUGGGACUGGUUAUGGAGGCAGUGGCUUUAAAUUUAAUGAAGAGGAAGAUGAGGUGAGGAGAGCAGCAAAGAAAGCACAAGCCAAGGAAUACGGGUUUGAAGAAGACAAGUCCGAUUCUGAAGAUGAAGAUGAAGGUAUUCGGAAGGCAGGAGGUGAUAUCUCACAGCAUCCUGCUUUUGCUCAGAUUCUUGCUGCCACUAAAGUUAAUGCUCCUGCAUUGCCUACUCCCAUAUCUGCCGCCCAGCUGAUUUCGAAUGGUGGACUACCUUCUUUUCCAUCUGUUCUUGGUCUCCAGACCCCAACAGUCUUGCCUGGGUCAGGGCUACCCCUUGCUGCAAAUGAUGGGGCAGCUCGAGCAGCACUGGCUGCUAUGAACUUGCAUCGCAACAUAGAAAAAAUACAAUCAGAAGCAUUACCAGAGCAUUAUGAGGCUGAGUUGGAAAUAAAUGAUUUCCCCCAGAAUGCUCGCUGGAAAGUUACGCAUAAGGAAACAUUAGGCCCUAUAUCUGAUUGGACUGGAGCCGCCAUUACUACCAGGGGGCAGUUCUUCCCACCUGGCAAAAUCCCAGGACCUGGGGAACGCAAACUCUACUUGUUCAUUGAAGGUCCUACUGAGCAGUCUGUUAAGACAGCUAAAGCACAAUUGAAGCGUGUUUUGGAAGACAUUACAAAUCAGGCUUUGCAACUUCCUGGUGGAAAUCAACCGGGCAAAUACUCUGUUGUGUGA